AUGCAAAAGGAGAAGAGCAGCAAGUCAGGUCUAGAGGGCAUCUUAGAGAAGGCAGAAGGAGGGGGCAGCGCCGACUCCAGCGGCGCACAGAGUGGAGGCUCCAGAGGCAAGGCCGCAGCUUUCAAGAAACUCAAAGCAGCGUUGCAGGAGAACCCGGAAUGGCUUUACAGCAAUGUGGAAGCUUUGAUGGACGAGGAUUUCAAUUUAGUCCGAGCCGCCCCGGGCGUCAGCCACCAGCCAACCACAACUCGUGCUUGGCUCGAGCAUCGGAGCAAGCUGCUUCACUUUCAGAGUUCAGUGCGAGCAGCUUGGCUGAUAGGAGGGAUUCACGAUGCCUUGAAAGGGGGGCGAGUAGCAGAAGCUCGGGCAAGGUCAGCUCUGGCCAUUUUGGCCUACGAUCAGGCCGCCUUGGACAACGGGAACUGGCCGCUGGCCCAAGAGCUCUGCCUCGAGUUAGCACCGCCCUUCAGCUCUUUUCAGGGCAGAAAGCCCCCAGAGGUGGGAGAACAAGCCUGGUCGCGCCUUGCCGACGAGCGCUUCCUCGAACUGGCCUUGUGGAGGUUGAAGGACAAGGAUGCCUUCGUGGAGAGCAGGAAGCGAUUGAGCGCCCCUGCGAAGCAGCCGUGGCAGAAAGGAAGCCACGGAGAGAGCAGUGGAGGAGGCAGCCCAGAUGCGCCAGGGCCCAGGCAGGAGCCAAAGAGGAAGGCGAAAGCAAAGCCCAAGGCAGCAGGCAGCCCUGGGCCCAGCCAGUUUCUGCAGAGCACCUUCGCGGAGGAGGUGCCUCAGGGGCAAGUUUGGCCAAUGUCCCUACCUUACCCAGAAGUUCACACCAAGCGAAGAGCUCGUAUGAAGUCCGAGGCCGACUUCAAAAUUGGUGUGAACUUCGUUGUUAUGGCUUUGAACUGGCUUGCCGCAGAUGGUACAGUCAAGCAGAAGAAGAGGCUCAAACUUGGUGCCAAGCUCAGCAGCGCUCAGUGGGAAGCAGUCCGACGAUUGCAGCCCCUCAUUUCCGAUUGGCUCUCCUGCGGCGAUGUUUCGCCAGAGGACAUGGGUCGAUCUGCGGCCCGGGUCGAGUCCAUCGAGGCUGUGUUGAUGCGGCUUGAGGCAGCAGCCGCUGAUGUCGCUUCUGAGUUGCGGCACUAUGGCAAGCGCAGGUGCGAAGUUGAGGAGCCUGCUGAAGAUGAACAUCAUGAAGGUUUGCGGCCAAAGGUGAUUGGGCAGCUGGCGGGUAGCGUCGAGCAUGUGGCCAAGGACGUUGAGCCGUCCAGAUUCAAAUUUGUAGGAGUUCCUGAAUUUGACCCUGUCCCUUUUUUGGAUUACGCAAACCGGAAGCAGUACCUGCAGCCUUUGGACAGCUGCGUAGUUGAUGACCCUGAGAGCCUGCAGCUACCUCAUGUCAAAGUCAGGUGCAGCCGAGCCAAGCAACUGGAGCUCGUCGAGAAGCUAGAUGAGGUGGAGAGAUUGGCUCUGGUUCCAGGCAGAGUGGUUCGGAAGCAGCUGCUCAACGGCAUGUUUUGUUUGCCUAAGGAUCAGUUACGUGACAGACUGAUCCUUGAUGCUCGGCGACCAAACGCCGUGGAGGAGUCAGAAAAGCGCUGGAUCUAUAGUUUAGGAUCCGCAGGGCAGCUCCUACACAUGCACCUCGAACCCCAUGAAGACUUGGUUUUGCACGCUGAAGACUUAAGAGAAUACUACCACUGCUUUGUGGUGCCGGAGCAGCGGAAGAUUCGCAAUGCUCUCUGUAUGAGCUUUGCGCCAAACCAAGUCAGGCACCUCAAGUGCUUCAAAGGGGAGUUUGAGAAGGAGACUGAGCUCUUUGCCUGCCUCAACACCUUAGCCAUGGGUGACACGAAUGCAGUCGCCUAUGGUCAAGUCGCUCACCUCUCAGUCAUUCUGCGUUCAGGACAAUUCAAGCUCGCUGAUUUUUUGACGCUGAAGCAGAGGCCCGGUCGUCAACCUGUCAGCUGUGGGCUCAUGAUCGAUGACUUUGUGAUUUUCGAGAAGGUCCACAGGGGCUUUGAGUUGUUAGCAGAUGGCGGCGAGGUGAAAACAGAUGGAAGGCGUAGGAUGGAAGAGGUCAGGAAAACGUAUGCGGCAGCGAGGCUUCCUCGGCAUGAGGGAAAAGCUGUAGAGCAGGCAUACGCAGGUGAGUUUUGGGGCAUGCAAGUUGAUGGCAGGGCGGGGCGAGCCCGCCCCAACCUGAAGCGUUUGGUUCCGCUAGCGUGGAUCAUGCUCAAGGUGGUAGAAGUUGGUUUGAUUAGCGGUGGGCUGCUGGAAAUUUUGGCUGGUGCACUUGUUUCAGCUUUUCAGUGCAGGCGCAGAUUGAUGUGCUGCCUUGAGGAGAUCUACACACAGCAGAGAGGAGUAGGCACAAAGCAGGUCAUCAAGCUGUCAACGAGGUUGAAGGAUGAGCUUUUGGUCUGCAUCGGGAUGCUGCCCCUUGCGGUGAUUGACCUCAGACUGGAGCCAUCGGACUUGCUCAUUUGUAGUGAUGCGUCUUCAACAGCGGAGGCUGCUGUUGCCGCCGAUAUCGGCUGCAGCCGAACUCAGGAGUUUCAGCGGUAUGGCUUGCAGAAAGGCCUCUGGAACAGGCUUCUCAGACCAGCGGCUGCAUACCAGCGCGAGACUGAUUGUCUUGCCUCUGAGGAUGAGCUCCCAGACACGGCCAGCUACAAAAUGAACCCACUUUGGGAAGCCUGCGUCAGAGGUACCCAAUUUCACCAGUUCGGCAGUGUCAAGAAGUCCAAAGGUCGCAGCCACAUCAAUGUGAAAGAGAUGUCGGCUGCCUUGAACGCCGAACGACGCUUGGGAGCAGCGCAGCCGAACAAGUACUACAUCCACCUCCAAGACAGCCAGGUGUCCUUGGCAGCUUUGAUCAAGGGCAGAAGCUCUUCAACCGCGCUGAACAGGCUUUUGCGCAAGUCUGUCCCUCACCACGUCAGUUCAAAUGUGCGGGCUUUUUAUGGCUAUGUUUGCAGUGCCUUGAAUCCUGCCGAUGACCCUACCAGGAAGCAGCCGAUUCGCACUCCCUCAGCCUCUCUGCCUACUUGGUGGGAUGAAGUCAGCAUGAAGGUUUUUGAAGAGUUUGACAAGUUUUUGGAGCAGCAUGGUGUGCAUGCUGCGCAGCUUGCGGAACUGCCAGACGAGGAAGAGCUUCUAGAGGACCUUCCUCUUGACUGGAGGAACUCAAAAGAGGUCAAGCGGGAUAGAGGUUUGCAGUUGAAAGGCUGCUCAAAAGAAGUUUUGAACCCCCCUGCGCGGCUGCCUCAUAGCCUCUCGCCCCAAGAUCCGGCACCGAGUUCUUCUACCUCAGAGCGGGCAGCUUGUGCUAGCUGUUCCACUGCGCACGGGACCGGACUUGGAGGCGCGGGGACCUUGGCGCCCGCACAUCAGGGGAGGAAAAGAGAGACAGCUGCAGCCCCAGAAAGUGAGGCGGAACACAACAGUGACUGGCAGGGCAAGGCCGAAAAGAUCCUUGCCAGUUUUGCACCCAGUCAGUUUGUUUUUGACAGGAACCGUUUCAGCAGUUUAGCCGAAGCGGUGCACCAUGGCCCAGGGCUUUUAGAUUGCUUUUCUGGAGCUCGAGGUUUUGCGCGAGCCCUAGUUGGCUUGGGGCUGCCUUGGGCCCUAUGCUUCGAUUUGAAGCAUUCCCAGCGUGAGGACCUCAGUGACCCAGCACUCCAGUCAGUCCUUUUUUCCGGCAUUGUAGCUAGGUGGUUUAGAGCCAUGGCAGCUUCUCCGGUUUGCGCCAGUUUUUCCACUGCUAUUACGCCGCCCUGGCGUGACAGAGAGCACCCUGCUGGAAAGCCUGACUUGACAGAGACGCAGCAACUGAAGGUCGAAGCAGGGCAUGCGCAACUGCGAUUUGUUUUGGAGUUGUGCGAACUGUGCAUCGAGCAUGGGGUCCUGUUUUGGGUUGAAAACCCUGACCAGUCUUGGUUCUGGAAACAAAGCUGCAGGAUGAGCUGGAGCCGCGUUCUAGGGCUAAAAGCUGGAAAAGUGGGAGACUUCAGAGUUGACCAGUGCAGAUUUGGGACAGCUUGGAGGAAACGCACGCGUUUCAGAACUUCUUGUCAUCUUGCUGGGCAGAAAAUACUAUGUCAGUGCACCAAAAAGCACAUAGUGUUGCGGGGCAGAUGCGUAGAGAAGGGCAUGAACUACACAAAACUUGCAGAAGCCUACCCACGCAGGUUAUGCUCCUACUUAGCCGGGGCUUUUGCAGUUGACCUAGGGCUGAAAGGCGCUCGCAGAAAACUGGACAUCACAGGCUGUGCAAAGUGUUUAGGGGCUCGAAUUGGAGAAGCUGUUCACCCCGGACCUAGGUUAGCACGACCUAGGCCCAACUCUGACAUUUACAGUUUUCAUUUGUUGGAGCCCGCGACGGUGGCUAUGAGGGCAAAGCUUUGGGAACGAUUUGUCAGGUGGGUCGAUCUGAAAUUUUCGGAAGGCUUGAUUGAGAAGCUGGUUCACCAUCCAGCGUUUCUGGUGAUGGCGUUGGAAGCGUUUGGAGCUGAAAGUUUUUCUACUGGUUUGCCUUUGCUUUAUUUCAGACAGCUGCUAGCGCAUGUGCAAAACGAGAUCCCAGCCAGCCGGCCUCACAUGUCCAGAGCUUGGAGCUUAGUAGGCCGCUGGGAAAUAGCAGAGCCCAAUCAGCACCGCACUCCGUUACCUGAACCUGUCUUGUUAGCAAUGGCAGGGCUUGGGCUUUUCUGGGGAUGGGAGCGUUUUACAUGCUCUAUGCUCUUGUGCUUUUACGGCAUUUGCCGGAUAGGUGAAGUUUUGGGAGCCCAGCGUGAGGAUUUACUCACACCUCUGGAUCUGCUGGAAGAGCACGACAAAGUAGUUUAUUUGAAGAUCAAACGCCCGAAGUCACGCGGCAGAGGGCCAUCAGUUCAAUACGCUACUUGUCGAGAAGCUCUAGUUGCAGAGUUUUUGUGCGCAGUUUGGCAGAAGCUUGAAGCGAAAGACUUGCUCUAUGGUAACUCUGCUUCCGCUUUUCGCAGAAGGUGGGACAAGAUACUUGCGGCUUUAGGCAUUGAAAAACACCACCGUCUGACGCCUGGAAGUUUACGAGGAGGAGGAGCUGUAGCAGCGCACAAAAGAGGCGUGGGGAUCCAAGACAUCCUAUGGAAGAUGCGACUCCAGCAUCAACGCACUCUGAGCUUUUACUUGCAAGAAUCGACAGCGGCUUCGAUUCUGCCUUCUUUGAGUUCGACGACCAGAGAAAAAGUGAAGCUGUUUCGGGACGCAUUGCCGUUCACAGCUCUUGCGGCCAUUUUCCCUACAGAACCGCUGCCGGCCUCUGCGGGCGCCCGACAUUUCAGCCAAAAACCAUCAGAACUGUCAGAGAAGGUCGCAGAAACCCUUCCAACACCAGAUUCACCGGCGAAACCUCCAUUGGAGCCUGUGGACACAACGACCAAAAUGGACAUGCAGCAAGAAGAUCGCUUCGUAGAACGCCGCAUUGAGGACCAUGUCAAAGAGCAUGGAGAGCAAAUCCCUGAGGCACAAGAUUUCCAAGAGGCAGCUCAGCGGCUGGCUGAGGCCCCAUCAGCCCCCGUACCGCUGCGCCUACGUGAUCCCAACGCUGUGGCGGAGCAACAGAAAGAUGUGAUCAUCCGCAGUCGCACAACUACUGGGCAGGUUCUUUGGCCAGCCACCAAGGAGGAUAUUGAAAUCCUCAGCCAGUCAGAUCAACUGUAUCCACGACCUUUCCAAGUGGAGGGUUCGGUGAUCAUCAGGUUGGUGAGAUUGUCAGAUCCGGUGACUAGCCCUGUUGGUCGAAUGGUUCGCAACAGGCAGUAUGGCAUUCGCGGCAACGAGAAAUGGCAGCUCUUAGCCACUGGAUUUGUUUGCAUGCUGAUGGUUUUCAGCCUGGGAGCGUGGCAACUUCGCAGGAUGAAGUGGAAACGCGAUUUGAUCGAAAUGCGGCGCGAGCGCCUGGCAAUGCCUCGGCUGCAGGUCAGUGGCAGUCCAUUUCCAUGGAAGGAUCAGGUUCCGGACUAUGUCUACCGAGUGGUGGAGGUCCGUGGAGUUUUCGAUCAUGAUCAGGAGAUGCACGUGGGCCCACGACCUGGCUCUGACGAGACCGGUGAAACAACUCCAGGAGUUCUGGUCGUGACGCCUUUGCGCCUAGAGGAUGGAUCCACUGUGCUUGUGAAUCGUGGACAUCUUCCAUCAUAUCGCCUUGAUCGGGCAACACGCAAAGAGGUGCCCACGUGGGUUCGCGUGCGUGGUGUACUCGAGGAAGGAGAGAUUCCCAAUCUCGUUGGAAGGUAUGCAAGGCUGAAAAAUCGGCCAGACAAGAAGCAGUACCUCUAUCUGCUAGCAGAUGAGUUGGCAGAGAACGCCAACGCCCGAAACCACGAAGAAUGCGCUCAGGCCUUGGUCACCGCCAUCGACGUCCUCUAUGAGGACAACAAAAGCUGCGGCUCACUGAUAGGCGGUGUCGGAAGCGCAGCUUGGCUUGACGGCACCGUGUCGGCUGGAAGGGAGCACCAACCGGGAUGUAUCAAAGAAGAACAAGGUCAAUGGCAGCUUGGCCAUAGAUGGCUAGUGAUGGCUGAUGGCCAUAGCCAGGACGAUUAUUGCAAGUUCUUCUUGGUCGGCUACUGCCCUGGCAAGACGCUAGGUAGGGAGAUCGAAUCAAUGCGGGCUGAAUUCGACCCAAAGAGCGUGAUUGCUCCAUGCAACAAGCUCCAUUCAAUUGGAGUCAGAGAAGAAUUCAAAUCGCAUAAAGAUUAUCAAAAAUACAAGCGUAGGUAUGAAGAUGAUCUCCUACACUUGAUUGACAAGGGCAUUCGAGAGUGCGAGGACAAAGUGGCGCGGGAAAAGCGCAGGCAUGCUGAAGGCAUCGCUGUCAUGAUUGACCAGGACAGGCUUUGCGAUGUUUGCGGCUUGAAAUACAAGCUCCGGUUUGCGGACAUCAACGUCCGCGAGACAGAAGGAGGAAAGUACAAGCCAGACAUCCAUCCGGAAAGUGACAUUCACAAGGGCUACGUAAAGCUGCGAGAAAAGCAGCUGGAAUACGAGAAGAUCAUCAAGGACCGUCCUCCUGAAGAGAAAGAUGAAAGGGAUGACAGAGAGAAGGAUCGCGGCGCCCGCAGUCGAACUCGUCGCAGUGACGAGGACAGAAGGAGUCGCAGGAGGAGCCAGGAUGAUAGAAGAAGCCGAGAUGACCGACGGAGUCGGGACGAUCGGAGUAGAGAUGAUCGGAGGAGCAGAGGUGACCGCAGGAGCCGGGAUCGUGACAGGGGGCGUCGCAGUCUGGACGACGACCGGGGCCGGCGCUACCGGAGCCGCAGCCGUUAA